GAAGCGUGCGGACAGCACAAGAUGUUCGCUCGGCGGAAGCGCUACCAGGACACGCUCGCCAUGUUUGGCUGCGUCUGCAGGGCAAUGCUUGCUCACGGUCUUCAGUCCUGCUGCACGACUAAGCACGCGCACAACAACCACUCGUCAUUGCGACUCGUUCGCUCCAUCUAUUCUUCCCGUGCCCCUUCUGUCACCUCCGCCAGAAGUCGCAAGUCGGUAGAUUCCCACUGCAAGGGAAAUGGCUGUUGCACCUCCGAGCGCCCCUCAACAGGCUCGCACUACGACAAAGCCGUCAGUCGCUCUAGUCGAGUGUCGGUGGAUUCUUGCUGCGAUGGAGAUGGUUGCUGCGGUGCUAGCAAGCCCUCUAUGGAGCAUAAUUCCGCAUCGCGCAUCUCCCUGGACUCUUGCUGCCGUGACGGACAGUGCGAUGUCCACGCUGUCCUGGCAAUUAGGGGCAUGACAUGUACGGGUUGCGAGAACAAGAUGAUCCGCGUCCUUAGGGCCAUCCCGGCGAUCCACAACGUCAAGACUAGCCUGGUGCUCUGCCGCGCUGAGUUUGACUUCGAUACCAGCGUUGCUGACCUGCAAGAGCUUGUGCACGUCAUCGCGACGCGGACGGGGUUCUCGAUCGAAACAAUUGAGGCUGGCAAGACGCGCGACUUGCAAUUUACAGUCCAAAGGUUGCUUCUCAGUGGAUUCCUAGCGAUGCCUUUGCCGAAAGGUGUAGAGAGGGCCAUCCGCAUCAACAAGGAUACAGUUCAUAUAGAGUAUGACCCGGAAACUACGGGUGCGCGCGAUGUCAUGCGAGCCUACGAGACUUUCUCUCCCAUUUUGGCGCCAGAGCCACCCGAUCCUGCGAUCACUGCCGGGAGGAAGCACAUACGCACCCUCACGCUGCGUACAGUUACAUCGGCCCUGCUUACGAUCCCGGUCCUUGUCAUGGCGUGGGCACCACUUCCUCCCAACCCGCACGCGUACUCUAUUGCGUCGCUAGUCCUUGCCACAGCCGUACAGACUGCAAUCACAGGGCCGGUCUACGUGGGCGCAUUCAAGAGCCUGUUCUUCUCGGGGCUCGUGGAAACAGACCUGCUCAUUGUCUUGAGCACCACGGCGGCGUAUGUCUAUUCGGUGGUAGCGUUCGCAUUCAGCAUUCGUGGGCAUCCUCUCGAGUCGGGCGAAUUUUUCGAGACAAGCACGCUCCUCGUGACGCUAAUCAUCCUCGGGCAACUUGUGAGCGCUUGUGCGCGUCAGCGCGCCAUCACCAUGAUAUCCAUACGUGCGCUGCAGCAAGAGACCGCAACACUUGUGCAUGCGAACGGCUUGGAAGAAGUGAUCAAUGCGCGAUUGCUACACUACAAUGAUCAUAUCAAGAUCGCCCCAGACGAGGCUGUGAUCACCGACGGUGUGGUGCGCGACGGGCAGAGUGAGGUCGAUGAAUCGAUGAUGACCGGUGAAUCGCGCCCUGUCGCCAAAGUGGUCGGCAGCAAAGUCAUUGCGGGCACAGUGAACGGGCCAAGCUCGUUGCUUGUCGAAGUCACACGGCUUCCAGGCGAAAAUACUAUCAGUGACAUUGCCUCUAUGGUGGACGAUGCCCGGUUCUCGCGCGCUAGGGUGCAAGCUACCGUGGACCGCAUCUGCGGUUCGUUCGUCCCGGUAGUCCUGUUGGUUGCAAUCGCCACCUUCCUCGUCUGGCUCGCUGUUGGCCUUGCCGUUCGUAAACAGUCUGGCGCCGAGGCGGCAGUUACAGCGCUAACGUACGCCAUCGCUGCGCUGGCCAUCUCGUGCCCAUGUGCGAUCGGUCUGGCGGUUCCUAUGGUCAUUCUCAUAGCUGGCGGUGUAGCAGCGAAGAACGGAUUAGUGUUCAAAGCCGCAACCACGAUCGAGUCGGCGCGCGACAUCACUCACGUCGUGUUCGACAAGACGGGCACACUUACCCAGGGUCGACUCUCGGUCGUCGCUAGCGAGAUAUUCGACAUGCCCAUAUUCAAUGCACGCGCGGCUAUCAGCGAGCUGGUUAAGUCCAGUAAGCAUCCCGUCGCACGAGCUGUGGCUGCAUACCUUGGCUCGGCCGCGAAUGACGAGAAGACGGAUGUAAGCGGGAUAGAAGUCGUGACUGGCCUUGGUAUUCAAGGCAGUAUCGCUGGAGGGAUCAUUCGCGGAGGUAGUGCCAGCUGGCUCGAGUCGAUCAAUCACCCCGUCGUCGCUCCUAUUCUCGGACAGGGCUUGACCACCUUCUGCGUCACGUACGACGGACAGCUUGUCGCAGCGUUCGGACUUGAAGACGCCCUGCGGCCCGAGGCCCGCUUCGUGGUGGCUACUCUCAAGGCACGCAACAUCGGUGUCUCAAUUCUUAGCGGCGACCAUCCUGCCGCGGUCUGCACGGUUGCAGACAGCCUCAGCAUUCCUGGUGACAACGUGAAGUCCGCGUGCAUGCCUGUAGACAAGCAAGCAUACAUCAAAGCACUUAUCGCGACGCAGGAGAAGGUACUCUUCUGCGGAGACGGCACAAACGACGCGAUCGCAUUGGCGCAAGCUAACAUUGGUGUGCAUCUGCACACCGGCGAGGGGGCGGGCUUUGCGGCCUCCACGGCUGCGGAUGUAGUCCUGACUCACCCGUCUCUUACUGGGAUUAUCAUCCUGCUCGAGCUCUCCGAGGCCGUACAGCGCCGCAUCAUGCUGAACUUCGUCUGGUCGGCGAUUUACAAUUUGGUUGCGAUUUUAUUUGCCGCGGGCGCCUUCGUCAGAGCUCGCAUUGCCCCUGCUUAUGCGGGACUCGGCGAAAUUGUCAGUGUUCUCCCUGUGGUGCUGGUUGCCCUGCAGCUGAAGUGGUUCAGGCCUUCUGCUUGAGACGUGAUCACCCGUGGUCAACAAUUCUGAUAGACGCCCCUAGGUAUUUGGUUCUGAAGGGCAGUUUCGUCUGCAAUAUUGCUUGUUUGUGUUAUGUACAGUAUGUAUGCGAUAUGCCGGAUUAGAUGGCUCCAUGUUUCACUGUCGUUAUCUUCGCUGUAGUAGGUUACGACCGAGAGAAAAGAGUCGUUCCGAUAACAAUGCGAUGUAUGUAUCCUUUGAACCUUCUAUGUUCCAAGUGAGAUGCGAUAGCUGGAGGAUUAUAUGCUACAGUAGUGUCCGAUAGCAUCUGGUUCGACGUCUGCAAAUAAAACUU